GUAUUAUAGAGAACACAUAACUACUGUAUUAUAGAGAACACAUAACUACUGUAUUAUAGAGAACACAUAACUACUGUAUUAUAGAGAACACAUAACUACUGUAUUAUAGAGAACACAUAACUACUGUAUUAUAGAGAACACAUAACUACUGUAUUAUAGAGGACACAUAACUACUGUAGGAGAGAGGACACAUACAGUUGAAGUCGGAAGUUUACAUACACUUAGCUUGGAGUCAUUGAAACUUUUUUUUUUUUUUCAACCACUCCACAAAUUUCUUGUUAAAACCUCUUUAGGCUAUGCAGGACGUUAGCGUCCCGCAUAGGCUAACAUCUGGUGAAAUAGCAUAGCGCAAAGAUACUAAAUACACAAUUCAUAAUAUUAAACAUUCUUGUAAAUACAUGUUAAGCUUUUAAAUGAUGUUAGAUACAUCUUCUUAGCAAUCCUUACGAUAAUCUGACGACAGCGCGUCACACACACAAGUAUUACUAGCAUAUUCCAACCAAGCAUUAUAGCGUCACAAAAAGCCAGAAUUGGCACUAAAAUAAUCAUUUACCUUUGAAGAUCUUCUUUUGGCAAUACAAAAAGUCCAAUCUUCACAAUAAAUAGUUGUUUUGUUCGAUUAAAUCCAAUUUUAUAGCAUAAAACGACACAUUUUGUAAACUGCUUGUGUCAUGAAUUCCGUAUCCUUCAACUUUCAAUGAGACAUUCGAUGCAAUUACUCACACUACAUUUACGUUUAUCUAGUCAUGGUUGGUUUCAUUGUAAUCCUCUGUUAGUAACACAACCAUACUUGAUGGUUCUUUUUACAGGCGUAUUGACCGAAAGGAACUGAUUUGAACACAUCAAACAAUGACCUCAUUGCGUGCCAAUGAUAUCACCAGUGCUUCUUUGAAUGACUGUAUUUCUGCCCAAUCACCACUGAUUGUCUUGAAAUCUUGCUUGGUAGACAGACAAUGGGCUGAGGUAAACGGCAAUAUCUAAUGUUUAUAUCCGGGAAGACCAGCUUUUGAACAAUUUUUUAAAAUUGUACCUUUAUUGAUUCGAGCGUAACACAGCCAUUUGCCAUUGGAAUUUCUACCCGAAGGAGCCACUUUGUUUGCGCGAAGCAGUAUUGAGUCAAGAUCAUUUUCCGCUAUUUUAUUGAAGGAAUUAUGGCGAGUAAAUCUGGAAAAUCAAAGGCAAAGUCCAAGUAUACAGAUCUACAUGAUAUUAUUGAUGAGAUUGAUAGAGAAAGUGACACAGAAUUACAAGAAGAUCUAUCGGAUUGUAUGUCAAGUUUCGACUCCCAAUUUGAGGACAUGUUUCUGUAUGGUGAAGAUGCCAUUCUUGAUUGCCCCCAUUGCCAAGGUGCCCAUCCCCCACAGGAGCUGGAUCAUCUAGCUGGACCCCUGCUGUCUCCGGCUCCACACCUACCCCCGCCCUGCCAGGUGGGAAGUCUGUGACAAAGAAGCGGAGGUGGGGUAGAGCGAAACCUGCAACCAGAGAGGAGGAGGGUCGUUGGCACUCUGUGCUGGAGGAGGAUGUGUUGCCUACACCUCCAGUAUUCAGACCGAAGAGGCCAUCGGGACCUCAGCUGGACAUGCCCUCUAAGUACAGCCCCAUGCAACUUUUUCAGCCGUUUUUCACCUCGGCAGUUGUUGAUUCCCUGGUGUCGAACACAAAUAAGUAUGGUGCUAAGAAGCAAGCAGACAAGAAAGAGGGAUGGAAGCUAAAAACCCUGAGAGACUACUGGAAAACUGCUCCCCUCUAUCAACUGCCUUUCCCAUCCACUGUCAUAUCAUGCAAAAGGUUUCUGACAAUCUCACGGGCGCUUUAUAUCAGUGACCCAGAAGUUGAUGAGGACAAUGAGAAGAUGAAAGGCACAGCAAGGUUUGAUAGGCUGUGCAAAAUAAAACCUCUCUACCCCAGCAUCGUUGAGGCUUGCAAAACCUAUUUUCAGCCUGCCCAGAACGUUUCCAUCGAUGAGAGGAUGGUAGCCUCAAAGGCCAGAAUUGGCCUAAAACAAUACAUGCGUAACAAACCAACUAAAUGGGGUUACAAACUGUUUGUUUUGGCUGAUUCUGCGUGUGCAUACACGUGCAAUUUAUUUGUUUAUGAGGGGAAGAGCAGUUUUGCGACCGGUAAGGGACCUAGCUAUGACUCUGUUAUGCAGUUAUUCGAUUUUCAACUCCUGGGGAAGGGCUACAAACUGUUUGUGGACAACUUCUACACAAGCCCUACCCUGUUUGCAGACCUGAGGAAGCGGGAUGUGUGGGCUUGUGGCACCAUUCGGACCAACAGAGUGGGCUUUCCAAAGACAAAGGUGAACGGCAGGCCUAAGGGGGCUGAGCGGGGUACCAUGCGAUGGAUCCGUGAAGAUGGCCUGCUGUUUGUGAAGUGGAUGGAUACCAGAGAGGUGGUCAUGUGCUUCAGUAUCCACAAGUCCUUCAGUUGAGAUCACGUCGUCACGCGUGUGAAGGGUGCUACUGGGGCAUGGACCACAAAAAAUGUCCCCAUUCCUGCAGCCAUGAAGGACAACAACAAGAGCAUGGGAGGUGUGGACCUGUCAGAUGCACUGAUUGGCUACUACAAUGUUCUCCACAAGGCAAUGAAAUGGUACAAGACGUUUUUCUAUCAUUUCAUUGACGUUGCUGUGGUGAAUGCCUUCAUCCUCCAGAAGGAAAUGGCUAAGCUGUGGACAGCCACCCAUCUCACAGCAAGCCUUCAGGGAGCUGCUCAUCCAGGAGCUUGCUAGCUACAGCAAGUCCACUGCAGCACCUUCUGUCCCCUCUACCUCUGUCCAUUCUCCUCCAACCAGUAGUGUUCACCUGCCCAGAUUCAUCUCUGCAGGCAUGAAUGUGCCUCAGGGCAAAAGGGCACAGUAGGGAGACGUCGUUGUGUUCUGUGUCACAGGAAAUGCCCCAUCACCUGCACCAGCUGUUCAGUAACCCUCUGCUUUACAGCAGAAAGAGACUGCUAUUGGGCAUGGCAUCAGAAGAACAAUAUUGUGUAGAGGACUGAGGGUCUUCACAAUAUUGUACAUUAUACAUUGAAUGUGUGUAAAUAGUUACCCUUGUUAUUUUACAUUUAUUAAAAAUGUCAUUUUUUUGUGGUGUGGUGGGGGGGGGUUGUUAGAAUUGCAUUUUAGUGUUUUGUAUAUAGUCAUUUACUUAAAAUGUAUCUCUGUACCAAUUCGGCCACUUGGGUACAUUUGGGCAACUUGUGUGGGACAUCUGGAUGACUACAUGCUCAAUAUCAUGUAGCUCAAUAUCAUGUAGCUCACUCAUUCCUGAAGAUAUCUUUCUGAAACCUUUUUCAAAUACUGUUGCCAUCUUAUGUUCUUCAUUCAAACCACCCCAAGCAUCCUAUCUGUAUGUUUGGAUGUUCUUGUUCAGUUGAAAGAUGAUGCAGCAACAAUAAAAACAGAAAACAUAUGUUUAUUUCCUUGUAUUUUCUUCUACCAGAUCUAUGGUGUUAUAUUCUCCUACAUUCAAUUCACAUUUACACAAACCUCAGAGUGUUUCCUUUCAAAUGAUACCAAGAAUAUGCAUAUC